UAACAUGUGUUUAUUACAUUAAAAUUGGCGUUGUGUCGGCCGGCAGUAUUGGUUUUUAUGCAUUGGGAGACGUUCGUUAGUUCGUCAGUCUGUGUCAGUGCCGUGCUGUGUUCAGUUGGCGUUUUGGAAGUAUUCCAAAUAAACUGUCCAAAACAACUGAUUCUGUUUGGAAACAACUACUGCCAAGACAGAACGGAGCCCAAUUAUAAGGACCAGACACCAACAAAAUGCACACGCACUUUCUGACGGCCUUCCUGCUGUCCCUCGUGGCCCACUUAGUUAAUUCCGAAGUAUUCACAGCACUUGCCGAACUAGAGGAACUACUAAACACGGAAGCCGUGCUGAUCCAUACGCUGGAAAAUUAUAUUAGAGCUGAAGAGCAAAAAAUAGAUUUAUUAAAGAGAUAUGCAGAUAUCUAUCAGAGACAACAUGACAAAGCCACUGAGGAUGUCCAGAUGUAUAUUUCAAACCCCAUCAACGCGUACACGCUGGUUAAAAGGCUGACAACGGAUUGGAAGCAAGUGGAAGCCUUAAUGGGCACAGAUAUAAGCACUGAUUACAUGGCAAACAUAACUUACUUCAAGGAAACAAUGAAAUUUCCAACCGAUGAAGAUUUGAACGGAGCAGCAGUUGCUUUGACUCGUCUUCAGGACACUUACAGACUGGACACCUCGUCAUUGGCUAGGGGAGAAUUGAACGGCAUCAAAUAUAGCUCUGAGCUAAGUGCCGCGGACUGCUUCGAGUUGGGCAGACAGAGCUACAAUAACGGCGAUUUUUACCACACUCAGCUGUGGAUGAGAGAGGCAGAUGCAAGACUGAAGAGGGAAGCCAACGAAACGGUGGAUAGGAGUGACAUCCUCGAAUAUUUGGCGUUCUCUACAUAUAAACAAGGUAAUAUCCCAUUAGCUUUAGAUCUGACUAACAAACUUCUGGAAAUUUUGCCUACGCACCAACGGGCACUAGGAAAUAAAGUGUAUUAUGAGGAAGAAAUGGAAAAGGCGUUUAGCAAAAGGAAAGGUGACGACGACUCUGAGGAAAUAGUAGAAGAGGGGCCACAUAUACACGACCCAUAUGGCAAAGAACACUAUGAAAUGUUGUGCAGAGGCGAAAUUGAGCUCCCAGCGGAAGUAACGGCCAAAUUGAAAUGCCGAUAUGUGAACAACGAUAACCCCUUCCUAUUAAUCGGCCCUUUUAAAGUAGAGGAGGCUUAUCAUAAGCCAGACCUUUUCAUCUUCCACGAUGUGUUGACGGAUUCUGAGAUAGAAACCAUAAAGAGAUUGGCAGUGCCAAGAUUUCGUAGAGCUACAGUCCAGAAUUCAAAAACAGGAGAAUUGGAGAUAGCGCAGUACAGAAUAAGUAAGUCGGCUUGGUUAAAAGAAGAAGAGCACAAACAUAUAGCCGAUGUCACCAAAAGAGUGACGGACAUGACGGGGCUUACCAUGACCACCGCGGAGGAAUUGCAAGUGGUCAAUUAUGGUAUAGGAGGGCACUAUGAGCCCCAUUUCGACUUUGCUAGGAGAGACGAAAAGAAUGCCUUUAAGAGUCUUGGGACAGGGAAUAGGAUAGCAACAGUUCUCUUUUAUAUGAGCGAUGUGCCUCAAGGUGGUGCCACCGUCUUCCCAGUAGUGGGAGUUGCUCUUAAGCCUAAAAAGGGGACAGCAGCCUUCUGGUACAACUUACACGCAAGUGGAGAUGGAGACAAACUUACCAGGCAUGCAGCAUGUCCUGUUCUGGCCGGUUCCAAGUGGGUAUCAAAUAAGUGGAUACACGAACGGGGCCAAGAAUUUUUACGACCCUGCACCCUAGAGAGACCCCCUGAGGACUUAACGGCAUAAUCGACCAAGAAAGUAUAAGUCGUUUAAUGGAAAUAAAUUAAAUCUGUAAAGACUGUUUUUUAUUGUAAUAUAUCUACAUUAAUACGCACAUAUCGGAUUCUAAAGGAUCGAUUUUGCGUUUUUUAUUAAACAUUUGUACAAAAUACUACCAGUACCAGUGAAAUGCGUUUGUACAUUGGAUAUGACAAAUUUUGUAAGACUCGUAUAGUGUAGAUAGUGAAAUGUAAUAUAUUUAAAUAUAUAAUUAUUUUAU